AGCAAGCUGAGAAAUAACUUUUUAAACAAGAGAGAGAUAAAGAAGAGCUAAAGAGAGAGAUGAAAAUGAUGCAAGAGGAGAACCGAAAAGGUCCAUGGACAGAACAGGAGGACAUACUUCUGGUUUGAACAGAACAGGAAAGAGUUGCAGGCUAAGGUGGGUUAAUUACCUUCAUCCUGGUCUCAAACGCGGGAAGAUGACGCCUCAAGAAGAGCGCCUCGUCCUUGAGCUUCACGCAAAGUGGGGAAACAGGUGGUCUAAAAUAGCCCGAAAAUUACCGGGUCGAACGGAUAACGAGAUAAAGAAUUACUGGAGGACUCAUAUGAGGAAGAAAGCUCAAGAAAAGAAGCGUCCUGUUUCCCCAACUUCCUCAUUUUCCAACUGCAGCUCUUCAUCUAUGACCACUACCACCACCAAUACUCAAGAUACAUCGUGCCAUUCGCGGAAAUCUUCAGGGAAAGUGAGCUUUUACGACACUGGAGGAUCCCGAUCCACGGGGGAGAUGAUGAGUCAAGAAACCGAAGACAUAUACUCAAUGGAUGAUAUAUGGAGAGAGAUUGAUCACUCAGCAGUAAACAUAAUAAAACCGGUUAAAGACAUCUACUCAGAACAAAGCCAUUGCUUAAGUUACCCAACUUUGGCUUCUCCAACAUGGGAAAGCUCAUUGGAUUCUAUAUGGAACAUGGAUGCAGAUAAAAGUAAGAUGUCGUCUUCCUUUGCAAAUGAUCAGUUUCCUUUCUGUUUCCAACACAGUAGAUCACCAUGGUCGCCAGGUUAAAAUUAAGAUUUAAUUCAUUG